CGGCAGCGGAGCGCGGGUGGCGGCUCGGCUCGCCGGGGAGCCCCGUUCGGCGGCCCCACAGCCGCGGGCGGCGCCGCUGCUUCGCCGCUCGGUGGGGCGCCCGGUCCCAGCGCCCCGCACCGCGGCCGCCGAGAGAUGGCGGAUUCCUAUGCCUGUAAAGGUGGAAGGAAGACUUCAGGUUCCACCAAACCUAGCAAAGAAAGCAGGGCAGAGGCGAGGCUGAACCCACCAACAGAGCUCCCCAGGCUGGGAAAUGCAACCAGUGACAAAACAGAGGGCAAGAAGAAAGGACGACCCAAGGCUGAGAACCAGGCACUGAAAGACAUCCCUCUCCCACUGAUGAACCAGUGGAAGGAUGAAUUCAAAGCCCACUCCAGGGUGAAAUGCCCCAAUUCAGGCUGCUGGCUGGAGUUCCCCAGCAUUUAUGGCUUGAAGUACCACUAUCAGCGCUGCCAAGGGGGUGCAAUCUCAGAGAAGCUGACGUACUCGUGCUCGUACUGCGAAGCUGCCUUCAGUUCCAAAACCCAGCUGGAAAAACAUCGUCUCUGGAAUCACUUGGACCGACCAGUGCCAGCCAGCAAAACAGAAAACAAAGUGCAGAAAGCCAUUGGGAAGAGCAGUGGCAAGAAAAGAGCUGCUGAGAGUUCAGCUUGCCCCACCAUCCAUCCCAAACAGGCAAAGACGGAAAAAGCCGUGUCCCAGGAUCAUGCUGAGAAUGGCGAAUGCCCGGCGGAGAGCCGGGAGACCAAGGAGUUUCAGAUCGCCGCAGCUGAGGCAAUUGCAGCUGCCACCCCCACGGCAAAGUCCUCAAGUGGCAAGGAUGGCGGGCAGCAGGGGGGCAGCCAGGCCUCACUUCAGGAGGAAGACCCCGAGAGGAUGAAGCACAGAAGGAAACAGAAAACUCCUAAGAAGUUUACGGGGGAGCAGCCGUCUAUCUCGGGAACAUUUGGACUAAAAGGUCUUGUCAAAGCAGAGGACAAGGCGAAAGCCCAUCGAGCCAAGAAGCUGGAGGGGAGCACCAACAUGGAGGAGCUGAAAAAGAAAUCUCCAGGAGCUGGUGUGAAGAAGGAAACAGCUGUGCACCUACCAGCAGCAAAUCCUGAGGACCAGUGGCAGCGGGAGAUCAGCGAGAAGGGAGAAGUUGCCUGUCCAACCUGCAGCGUUAUAACCAGGAAAACCGUCGUUGGGCUCAAAAAGCAUAUGGAUGUCUGUCAGAAACUGCAGGAUGCCUUGAAGUGUCAACACUGCAAAAAACAGUUCAAGUCCAAAGCUGGGCUGAAUUACCACACCAUGGCUGAACACGUCAGCAAGCCUGUUCCUGUGGAAACCACUGCCCUUGGUGAACAGGAAGAGCGGGAAAGGCUGAGGAAAGUGCUAAAGCAGAUGGGAAAACUGAAAUGCCCCAAUGAGGGCUGCGCAGCCAACUUCUCCAGCCUGAUGGGCUACCAGUACCACCAGAAACGCUGUGGGAAGCAGCUCGCCGAGGCUGACAAGCCUGUCUUCAGCUGCCCACACUGUGGGAAGAAGUACAAAUCCAAGGCUGGCCACGAUUACCACGUGCGGUCAGAACACCCGGCCUCAGUGAGUUCCCCGGACACCUCCGCCACCCGAGAAGUGGGGCCAUCCCUCCCUGGGGGUGACUGCAGAGCUGCAGAGCCUGUGGGCAGGAGCGAGCCGGGCAGAGCCGGGCCAGGCAAGCUGCCAGAGGAGCCAGAGGUGAAGCCAGAGCCCCCUCCCGUAGAGGAUUUUGAAAGGACCCCAAGUGGCCGCAUCCGUCGCACAUCGGCCCAAGUGGCCGUCUUCCACCUUCAGGAGAUAGCAGAGGAUGAGCUCGCCAGGGACUGGACCAAGCGGAGGAUGAAGGACGACUUGGUACCCGAAACUAAGCGGCUCAACUACACCCGACCAGGACUUCCAAAGCUGAAUCCAAAGCUGCUGGAAAGCUGGAAGAAUGAAGUGAAGGAGAAAGGCCACAUCAACUGUCCCAACAAUUGCUGUGAAGCCAUUUACUCCAGUGUCUCGGGGUUGAAAGCUCACCUGGCCAACUGCAACAAGGGGGAGCACUCGGUGGGCAAAUACCGCUGCCUGCUGUGCCAGAAGGAGUUCAGCUCUGAGAGUGGGGUCAAGUACCACAUCAUCAAGGCUCACUCGGAGAACUGGUUCCGAACCUCAUCAGAAACCGUCCGGAAAAAGAAAACCAAGGAACAGCUUUCAUCCAACAAGGAGGAGAAAAAAAAAAGCACAAACGGGAAGAAAAGGGGGAGAAAACCCAAGGAGAGGCCUGUGGAAACAUCCCUGAAGAGCAAAGAGAGCGUGACAGCAAAGACUAAUCACAAGAAAAGCCCUGAGCACUGGGAGGGCUCCCGCUGCAGCUCCGAUGGGGAUGAGCGCGGCCCCAAAGCUCCCAGCCAGCGCAAGGGGGGAGCCAGCAAAGUGCCCGACAAGUGAGCGCUCAGAGACUCGUCUGCGAGGAUUCGUUUACAGCCCAGGGUAACAGG